CGGCCCGAGCCAUGGGCGCCCCGAGCCCGCCGCCCUCGCCGCCGCCCCGUCCCAGGAAGAGAAGUUAACCUUCCGGAGACCGCAGGGACACGCUCCACGCCAGAUGCUAACACAAAAUAAUCCAGAUGGGGUGCAGGUGCUGUAAGAUGAUACAAAGCUAUCUCUUUGAUCCGGUCCAAGUGCCCUCCCCUGGCUACAUUAACGAGGUCAACAGCUGCAAGUUAGAAGAAGACGAGAAUGUCAAGUUCAAAGGCAGGACGAGCAGCCAAGCCUUGGUGCCGAAAACCGAGCAUCCGAGUGAGGGCUUGAAGCGCACGGCCAGCAGAGCGGCCGCUGCGCCCACUCGAGGGGACCCGGGCGAGGGACACGGCGCAGACAAGACCUGGGGCUCCUCCAACGGCGUGGGCCCCGCCCCAGCGCUGCAGCCUGCGGCGGACGUAGGGGGCCCCCAGGAUGAUCGGGGCUCCUGGGCCAGUGUGGAGAACGGGGUGCACCCGUCUCAACCCUUCCUCGAAGGACAGGAUGUCGGGGGGCAGGACGCGGGACCCGCGGCCUGGGAGGGGAGCCCCGACACCCUGAACGGAGACUGCCCCGCGCUGCCCGCCCCGGAUUACCCCGCGCCCGGAGAAAAGGACCAUCUCUGCCCGGCCGAGGACGGGCACCCGCAGCCCGCGUCCAUGGAGCCCGGGGGACCACCGGCCGAGACCCCGCAGGCACGCCGGGACUCCUGCGAGGCUUUGAGCACGGAUGGCCUGAGCCUCUGCUGGAAGGACGGGGACCCCGCCCCUCCCGCGGCGCCCCUGGUGGACUUGGGGGACACGUGGGCACAGGCGAGCGGGGACCCGAGCGCGCCCGAGGCCGAUGAGGACGCGGCCGUGGCCGAAGCGCUGGCGGCCCUGGAAGCGGCCACGGCUGGGGAGGAGGUAGAUGAGGCCGAGUAGGGGCAGAGGGUGCGCGCGCAGAGACUCUGGGGGUCCCCGCUGCCCACCCUGGGGAGGAUGCGUGGGGUUCCCGCUGCCAGCCCUGGUGGUGUAGGGGGUCGCGUGUGCGCGCAGAGACUCUGGAGAUCCCUGCUGCCGCCCCGGGGUGCGGGACGCGUGUGCGCGCCCUGGACAUAGAACUCAGAGGGCUAAUCUUGCAGGCUGGGUGACCUCUUCCUUGGGUGCCUGGACCAGGUUGCAUCCGAGAGCAUCCUGAACAGGUUGGAGGGAAGAGCUGUGGUUCACAACUCUGGAACUUCUCGCAGCCUGCGUGCCAGCCCCCACCUCCCACAAGAAAUCCGAGAUGGUCCGUUCUAGAACAUGCUGGUACAACCCAGGGCUGGGUCCCCAAGAGCUCAGACUCUUCCCUUCGACUGUCCAUCCUAUCUCUUGCAUCUGAGACCAAAUACUGUAUCCAGGGCAGAAGGUGACACCUUCCACUUGAAGUGCCUAAUUCACCCCUCAUCCCCCGACCCCCACCAAAGCAUGGCUUCACCUUCAGGGACAAACCACCCAGGAAACUAAUAAGACCCGACCACUUGUCUGGCCUCAAGUGAAGCUGGGCAGCUCUCUCCUGUGUGGUCAGUCACUGAGCUGUGAUAUUAAGACACCUUGACCUUAACUUUUCUUUUUUCUUUUUUUUUUUUUUACAUUCUUACUUUUUAAUCUCCUUUUGGGGUUCGAGAGGUUGGUUCAAAUCUUCAAAUAGAUCGCAUCAUGUUUGGGAUUUCAAGCCACUGAGAUUCAGAAUGUCUACACAAGCUGUCCAUGGGUGUUUAUUAAAUGUUGGAUUUUGA